GUUACAUUGUCCUUGUACGUCCUUGAGAACACUUCAAGGGCCUCUUGUGUCUCAUGGUGUCCGAUACUUCAGAAGGUAGAACGAUAUUUAUCAGAAACCUAUCCUUUGAUGUGGAAGAAGAUGCAUUAUACACAUUUUUUUCACAGUUCGGACCUCUAGAAUUUGCGAAAAUAGUUAAAGAUCCAGCAACACAACAUUCCCGAGGUACAGCCUUUGUAAAGUUUGUAAAUGCUGAGGAUGCAUCAAAUGUCUUACAACAAUCUGAUAAACCUGAGAACGCUCAUCAAUUUUCUUUGGAAAACCGAACUUUAAAAAUAACAAUUGCUGUUUCUAGAACAGAGGCACAAAAUUUACGAAAAAGGAAACACGAAGAUGAUGCUUCGGAGGGUCUUAUAGGCCCUGCAGAUGCUGUAAAGCAAAAGGGACGUAAUUUGCAUUUAGCAUCUAUUGGAAUUAUUCGUCCUGGGUCAUCUGAAGCUGAAGGUUUAAGCAAAGAAGAUUUAGCCAGAAGGGAUGCAUUAUUGCGAGAGAAAAAGAAAAAACUAACUGAUCCAAAUUAUUUUAUUAGUGAUGUUCGAUUAUGUCUACGUAAUCUACCCUUACAUGUAUCCGAUGAUGACUUAAAGUCUGCUUGCAUGAAAUUCCUAAAGAAAAGUACAGACCACCGAAUUUUAGAAUGUCGUAUUAUGCGUAAUCUUCAACCAGGCAGACAACAAUAUCGUUCACUUGGCUAUGGAUUUGUUGCAUUUACCAAUCAUGAAAAUGCAUUAAGUGUAUUGUAUGGUUUAAAUAAUAAUCCGAAUGCAUUCCCACCUAGUAAUCGACGACCAAUUGUUGAAUUUUCAUUGGAAAAUAUGAGAGCGUUACAAUUAAAACAGAAAAGAGCAGAAAAAUGUUUGAUGCUUCAGUCUAAAACCAAAGAAUCAUCAUCAUCAUCAACACCACAAUUAUUCACAAAGAAUAUUGAAAGGAAUUCACAAAAGACUAAGUCUAUAUUAACAUCAAAGUCAUCUAAUUCAACAAUAUAUAAAAAGUCUAAAAUGAAUAAUAAUCCUAAUUAUAUUAAUAAAUUAAAAAAGAAAUUAUAUUUAUCCAAAAAUAAUACUCAACAAAAAUCAUCAAUUUUACCAAAACAUUUCGGUCCAAAAAAACGUCAUCGUCAUCGUGGACGAUUAGCGGCAGCAGCAGCAGCAUCAAAACCAAAACAAAAGAAAACUCGAAAACAAAAACGUACAGCUAAAAAUACAUAAUAUUAUGUACUAAAUAAAGAAUAAAUAAGAAAAUGUAAAUAUGAUGAUGCUACACAUGGAUAACAAUCUCAUGUAUAUACACAUUCGUCAAGUAGUUUGUUUGUUUGUUUUGUUUUCGGUUAUUCUUAUUACUCUUGUACAAUUUAUUUGUUGUUACUAAGAGGAUCAGUCAUACUUAAUGUAGAAUGUGAUACAAGUGUGUACAUCGAUUCAUGUUAUCACAACAUCCUUGUUAUAUCUAAAGGUUUGUUUCUUUAUAUACCGCGUAUAACUUGAGCACUCGGACACUAGAACCCUCC